CUCGUGAUUCUGUGGUUUGCUUCUUGUUGGCUUUGGAUGAGCUUUCGGUUUUCGCGUUCCUCUUUUGUAAAGUAGCGAGCUAGGUUCCAGUAGAGAGAGGAUAUGGACUGAAAAAAAAAUGCACAACCUGGAAGUUGAGAAUUAUGUUUUAUUCAGCUCACUUGCUGAGGACUUGAGCCCGGGAGACAGCCUCUCAGAUAUCUCCGAGGGACUGUUCUGAAGAGUCAGAUGACCAAGGCAAGGAAAUGGAAUAGGACCAAGGUGCCAGGUGAAGACUUCAUCUCAAGAAAAAUGAAGCUUCCUUAGUCUUCAAAAGAAAAAGGUAGGUCAGGUGGGGCUGCUGUGGAGGUAGCCCUGGUGUGUCACAUUGCUGUGAGGAUUGCUCCAGACUUGAUAAGAUGUCUCUCUUCUCAUCAUGGAUCAAAGUUAUUUUCAUUAUUGGCUUGGCAUUUCUUCUUUAUUUUGAAACUGCUUUUGUACCUUUAAGAGAGACGCGUGAAACUCCAGAAUGUAACGUGUAUGUGGAUCAGUUACAUUUUUGCACCAGAGAAAUGGACCCAAUCUGUGCAACCAAUGGCCGAACGUACUCCAAUAAAUGUGUUUUCUGCAGUGAAAAGCUAGAAAAUAGUGGAAAAUUUGAUUUUAGUCAUUGGGGUUGUUGCUGACUCCGCCUCAGCCACACAUUCCUAUGGCUUUUAUAGCAAUUCUAUUGUGAAAUGGAUUCUACAACCAAUUAGUCUUCUCCAUCAGGGCUUUAAAUUCCUAGAUGAUCAGACAAAGCCUUCAAUACUACAGAAGAUGGAAUAUAGAUCGUUGAAGAAUUUUUCUAACUCUGAGAACCUGCCAAUGAAAGAUUUCUGUUUUGUCUUCAGUUAUUCAGUGACAGUUGAAAACCCAUCCUAAUUGUGUGUUCGA